UACACACUUUCUCUCUCACACACACACUCUCUCUUGCUCUCUCUCUCCCUGACUCUCUCUCUUGCUCUCUCUCUCUCCCUGACUCUCUCUCUCCUCCCUGUCCUCAGUAACCUGCUGUCCAACCCGUUUGUGUGUGACUGCCACCUGUCUUGGCUGGGCCAGUGGCUGAAGAAGACUCGUGUGGUGAGUGGGAACCCGCGCUGCCAGAAGCCUGCGUUCCUCAAGGAGAUCCCCAUUCAGGACGUGGCCACCCCGGACUUCACCUGCGAUGGUAUUGAGGAGAAUGGCUGUCUUCCUGUUCCUCGUUGCCCCGACUCCUGCGCAUGCGCAGACACGGUGGUGCGAUGCAGUAACCGCGGGUUACACACCCUGCCCAAGGGCGUUCCCAAGGACACCACCGAGCUGUACCUGGAGGGGAACCUGCUGACAUCCGUGCCCAAAGAGCUGGCCAGCCUGAAGCAGCUCACCCUGGUGGACCUGAGCAAUAACAGCAUUGGCUCUCUGGCCCCAAUGACCUUCAGCAACAUGACUCAGCUCGCCACCCUAAUCCUUAGCUACAACCAGAUUCGGUGCAUCCCACUACAUUCCUUUGAUGGCCUGCGCUCACUGCGUCUCCUAACUCUCCACGGCAACGACCUCUCCACCAUUCCAGAGGGAUCGUUCAACCAUCUGACGUCUCUUUCACAUCUGGCUCUCGGGGCGAACCCUCUGUACUGUGACUGUGAGCUGCGCUGGCUCUCUCAGUGGGUGAAGGCGGGCUUCAAGGAGCCUGGCAUCGCCCGCUGCACAGGACCCCCAGACAUGGCCGACCGCCUGCUCCUCACAACGCCACUCAACCGCUUCCAGUGCAAAGGCCCUGUUGACCUGAACCUGAUGUCUAAGUGUGCCCCCUGCCUGGCCUCACCCUGCCAGAAUAACGGCACGUGCGUGAGCGACGCUAAUGGCUCCUACCAGUGCACCUGUCCCUUUGGCUACAAGGGGCGUAACUGUGAGAUCCCUCUGAAUGCUUGCCUGAGUUUGCCCUGCAGUAACGGAGCCACCUGCCACCUCACCCCCGGACUAGAACCACACUUUAGUUGUGUGUGUCCUCCAGGCUAUGAGGGUCCACAGUGUGAGGUGAACCCGGACGACUGCGAGGACAACGAUUGUGAGAACAACUCCACCUGUGUGGAUGGCAUCAACAACUACACCUGCCUGUGUCCGUUCAACUACAGAGGUGACCUGUGCGAGGAGGUGAUUGACCCCUGUCUGACAGGCUUUGACCCCUGUCAACAUGACUCCAAGUGCAUUCCUCUCGGAAGUGGAUACAGGUGUGAGUGUUUGCCAGGAUACGUAGGACAGCAGUGUGAACAGGACUAUAACGACUGUCUGGAGAACAAGUGUCAGCACGGAGCGGAGUGUGUGGACGCCAUCAACGGAUACACCUGUGUGUGCAAGACUGGCUUCAGCGGGCUCUUCUGCGAGAACCCUCCACCCAUGAUCCUCCUGCAGACCAGCCCCUGUGACCAAUCAGACUGCCAGAAUGGGGCGGCGUGUAUUGUCACAGAGGGCGAGCCCGUGUGCCGUUGCCUGCCCGGUUUCUUUGGCAACAAGUGCCACAAGAUGUCCACCGCUCACUUCCUGGGGAAAGAGGUCUAUGUGGCUCUCCCCACCUCCAAGGCCAGGUCGUCUGUUCACAUAUCACUGCAGAUGGCCACUGACAGGGACAAUGGGAUCCUGCUCUAUAAGGAGGAUCAUGAUCCACUGGUGCUGGAGCUCUAUCAGGGACACAUCCGACUCAUCUACGACAUCGCCAAGUACCCUCCCACUACUGUCUACAGUGUGGAGUCGGUGAAUGACGGUAUCUUCCACACGGUGGAGCUGCUGAUACAGAAUCAGACUCUGAGUCUGGUGGUGGAUAAGGGCUCCCCUAAGAGUCUGGGCAAGCUCUCACGCCAGCCCUCAGUGGACCACAACACACAGCUGUUCGUCGGGGGCGUCCCUGCUCUGAUUGGUGCGUCAGGUUUGCGUCCGGGCCCUGACCGGCCUUCCCAGUCCUUCAACGGCUGCGUGCACAAUGUGCGGAUAAACGGGGAGCUGCAGGACCUGGGGGGCGCCCCGCGGGGGUCGGAGGGGGUGCUGCCUGGCUGCCACUCCUGUAGCGUGUGUGCCCAGGGCACCUGUAGGCAGACAGGUGAGACGGGCAUCACCUGUGAGUGCCCACCCGGCCGGACAGGAGCACUCUGUGACCAGCUGGCCUCCCCAAGCUCCUGCCAGAACAACAGGUGUGUGCACGGUCUGUGUGUGCCCCGAGGCUCCUCCUACAGCUGCCAGUGUGCGGAGGGCUUCAUUGGCCAGUACUGCCAGCUGCACCAGGAGCCGCCCUCCUGUAGGGGGCACCAGUGCGGGCAGGGAGAAUGCAGACUGGCGGAGAAUGGAGAGCCCACCUGCCACUGCCCACCUGGCUACACCGGCGCCAACUGCCAAACAGAGAUGCGCUGCCAAGGGGAGCUGGUGCGUGAGCAGCUGAAGCGUCCGCAGGGGGGGCGCCAGUGCACCUCCACCAGUAAGGUGCCGCGGGUGGAGUGCCCCCCCGCCUGCCACAGCGGCCUCUGCUGCACCCCCACCAAGAGCCGCCGCAGGAAGGUCACCUUCAAGUGCCCGGACGGGACUUCCUUCGCCGAGGAGGUCGAAUCGGCCGUGGAGUGCGGCUGCACAAAGUGCCCACUGUAACCACGACGACGACCCCGUGACCCCUGACCCCAAACCUACCCCACUGUGUGGAAAUGAAAGGGACCUGCCAGCGAGCAAUAAACGACAAACAACAACAAAAAAGAAAAUAUAUUGUAAGAUAAUUAAAAGAAAAAAAAACAAAAUAAAUAGAACUUAUUUUUAUUAUGGGAUUUUUUAAAAGAAGGAAAAAAAGAGACUGAGUUUCAUUUUUAUAUAUGUAUUAUAUUAUAUUAUAUAUUAUAAUACAUUGAGUGUACGUGUGAAAUGAGAAGUUAUUUUGUACGAACCCGAACAACAAAAGGAAAUCCAUAAAACGAAAAAGUUAUAUGAAUAUAAAACAAACAGACCAUCCAUACAUUGACAGACACAGAUUGACCUUCCUGGAAAUAUAUGAAUUUAUAUCUGUACAAAUCUAUAUAGAUACAUAGUCUUAACCAUAAGGAAUAAUUUUGAGUAGUGUAUUGCAUGUCUUGUACAAGUUGAGUUGAGUGGGAGAAUGAUAGGAGAGUUUAAUGUUAGGAGAAUGGACCGUGCCAAACCACGAGGAAGAGCUUGAGCUCUCAAGACAGACACUCACACAUACACGCAUAUACUCACACACACUGUCACACACACACACACACGCGCACUCACA